AUGCUCUCUGAUGGAGCACGGUGGUGGCGCCACAACAGGCCGGUGACUGCAGUGGCCUGGGCCUCCAACAGCACCUGUCCCAAAGACUUCAACCUGAUUAGUAUAACUGAGGAUGGAGCUGCUGCAAACUUCACACGGAGCUUCGCCAUGAAGGCUGGCUACUACCUCUGCUACAGCAAGGACAUGUCAGGUGGUAUGGUAGUAUCAGAUGUCCAGGUGAUCUCAGACAAGGAGACUGUUCCUCAUGGGUACUGUUACAUACCUGAACACCUGGAGCCUAGGGCCUCCGUGUCUAAGAAGAAGCGUGUGUGUGUCCGCAUGGUGCCAGUGGGCGGUGUGGAGACUGCUGUACUGGACAUCAAACUGACUGCUAAGACUAGGAGGAUGCUGCAGCACUACACCUGCUUAGGGGACAUGCAUGGCUAUGUGAUGUGGUGUAAGAAGGGGCCCUUCUCCAGCCCUCUACCCCAGGCAAAGCCUCGCAGCCUCAGCCUUGACCUCCGUCAGCUCUCGCUGGACCAGAACCCCCCUCCGCUACCCCUCAGACCCAGCAACGCUCCACCCAUGCCCCCUGGCAGGAAGCUCAGCCAUCGCCGCAGCAACCUCCAAUUGAACGAUGCUGUGGAUAAAGUGGUUGAUUGCAGCAACAUCUACGGCAUCUCAGGUUGACCAAAAUUCAGAAAACACUUCUAGAAAAGA